AUGCCAUCUACACCCCAACCCGAGACACGCCAUCUACACCUCAACCCAAGACACGCCAUCUACACCCCAACCCAAGACACGCCAUCUACACCCCAAGACACGCCAUCUACACCCCAAGACACGCCAUCUACACCCCAAGACACGCCAUCUACACCCCAACCCGAGACACGCCAUCUACACCCCAACCCGAGACACGCCAUCUACACCCCAAGACACGCCAUCUACACCCCAAGACACGCCAUCUACACCCCAAGACACACCAUCUACACCCCAACCCGAGACACGCCAUCUACACCCCAACCCGAGACACGCCAUCUACACCCCAACCCGAGACACGCCAUCCACACCCCAACCCAAGACACGCCAUCUACACCCCAAGACACGCCAUCUACACCCCAAGACACGCCAUCUACACCCCAACCCAAGACACGCCAUCUACACCCCAACCCGAGACACGCCAUCUACACCCCAAGACACGCCAUCUACACCCCAAGACACGCCAUCUACACCCCAAGACACACCAUCUACACCCCAACCCGAGACACGCCAUCUACACCCCAACCCGAGACACGCCAUCUACACCCCAACCCGAGACACGCCAUCUACACCCCAACCCUAGACACGCCAUCUACACCCCAUCUACACCCCAACCCAAGACACGCCAUCUACACCCCAACCCAAGACACGCCAUCUACACCCCAAGACACGCCAUCUACACCCCAACCCGAGACAUGCCAUCUACACCCCAACCCGAGACACGCCAUCUACACCCCAACCCAAGACACGCCUAAUAUAAAAUAA